ACAGUCAAAAUAUCAUGGGUCUGUUUUCACACCGAUUGCUGUUUGUCUGGUGGCUAUGGAUGGAAAGCGGUACCAGCUUUUUCUUGCGAGCGGGGCGACCUGCGACAUCAGGUAGAUGGGAAGCAUUCACGUUGCAGUUGUCAGGUCGGCAGUGUGCUCUUGCUUUUCUUCCGCCUUUAACCUCCCGGGCCUUGGCCGCACUGGGAUCCAACUUUGACGGCAGUGAAAUCGAUGAUGGAGAGGAGAGUGAUGGUGAGAUUGACGAAAUUAGCACCAGCAUGUCAACAAGUGAGCCAACGUCUGAGUCCCUGCCAGCAUUCAAAGGCAAGCAUCGACGUGCCCUCAGGGCACUGGCA